AGUCAAUCAAUUUGAGACAACUGAGAAGACAAACAAAAUUGACCGAAUUCGAUCAAAUUGAAUUGUUUUGAAACUACAGAAGUUAGGUAUCUCGAUUUAUCUUUAUUAAAACAGAAAGAAAGAAAAUAUACGAAUUACCUAUAUAAAUUCUACGUUGUGUUAUGUCUUCAUUUUAAUUGAGAAUGUGUUCGGAAGAAAGAGUAAUUUUGUAUUCGAUAUAGUUUUUUUAUUAUGUCUGCUCGAAAUUAUCUCUCAGCUAGGGAGAAAAGUAAUAAAUUAGGAGAUUGCCUGCCGAACAUCAAUUAUCAGAAGUUUGGGUACCGUGCUGGACAAGAGUUUCCUACAUUCUCCGCCAAUACUAGCAGUAUUGUGAACAGAAAUUUAAACUACAAUUAUGAGCCCUAUGAUAGUGUUGAGCGCGCUGGGACACCAUUCUCUGAUUUUUUUUCUGAGAGUGAGACAGGUACUCCAGACUUGCAAAGUGAGGAAAGUGACAGCAGCGCUGGAUCAGCUCUAAGAAGAAAUACAGCUGAGGCCUCCAAGAUUCUAGCUGCGGAAUGGGAGAAGAUUGAGAGAACUUUAUAUGAUGAGGAAGGGGAGAAGUGUACCAGGCCUCAGAUCGUGGAGGAAUGUGAGCAGUGGAGGCAGUUGCAUCCUCAACUUAGAAUCAUCGGGAAGGGCCUGCCGUUGCCAGAGAAAAAGCUGUCCUAUCGGCAAAUAGACCACGAUGAAGUCAUAGCCGUGCAUUAUAGCGACUACGAACAAUUUAGCGAGAGUGAGGAGCGACUUUCACAGAGCAGCACCGACGUCACCCCACAAAAUUCCCCUCGAAUUUCCAUCUGCGAAGACCACGAGCCCAAACUGUCACGUGAGAAAAUCUCAUUCUAUCCUAUGUACGACGAGGGACCCACUUUACCUGACUCCUUCUGCUCGCUACUCCAAAUCACACCACUUCACAUACGGAGCCCUUCUCAGAGAAAAAGACAGAAUCCGUCUAUACUAAGAUCUGAAUUGGCUUCUUCACGCUGGAUGAGGACCUCGCGACCGGAUUCCUCCAUAAAUUGUGAUAGAAAUAGUGCUAAGUCAUUUGUUUCUUUAGAUACAAGGAACUAUGGGAAUGCCCUUAGUGCAUCGGAACGUAAUAAGUUGUACAAUCGAGUAGUCACAGCCAGACAUAGGGACCUCGCCAGGCUGGAGCCGUUGUGUUCGCCGGAGUUUCAAAAUAACGGUGACAUGUCUAGAUUGACCAAUGGGAUUCCUCAGCAGUACAGCUUAAGGAAGGUUUCAUUGCCGCCGCUUCUCCUUGAAGAGGAAAAGAAGAAAGUUACGUUAAAUUCGGCGAAGAAGUACAAAAUACGGAAGACAUUACCAAAGAAUAUUUUUCAGUUGAAGUGAUCAUGUUUGUGUAGUAGUCUCUACUGUCUACACAAUGUUUUAUGUGGUUGUUAAAAUUAUGAAGGUCUCCUUCAUAGGUUUUGUGGUUGCACUUUUCUAGGUAUUCACUAUCCCUCUUGUUCAUAUAAAAAUGUUUUGUCUCGUUCUGUCAAUGUAUUGUAAAGUGCGAUAGUGACAAAAUAUGUUUUAAGUUAAAGUAGGCUUUAACUUUUUUUUUAUGAAUAAGAGGGUAAAGUUUAUUAGACUGUAUUAAGAAAUUUUAAAUCAGUGAGCGAAACUUGUGGUAACAUAAUGUAUGUGAAACCACAUCGGUGUGGUGAGUAUGAACAUUUGCUGUUACUGCUAGAUUGUAUUUAAAUAGAAUCUUAUUGCACAGACUUAAGAACAUUCAACGUCAACUGUCCUUGUCUCUUCAAGGCGUCAUCCAUCCAAACAAAUAUUUAUUUAAUUACGAUUGCAUUUUAGACAAAUGCAAGUACCAAGUGUUAUUCUAGUCCAUUUGCUAGUCAUAGUAUAUAAUUCCUUUAGUAAAUUAUGAAUUUAAAUGAGAGAAGUUUGUUGUAUCUUGUAGAACUUUACUUAAAUUGUGACUCCUCUUGAAUGGAACUGGUUGAAUGAAUAUAUUUUCUGAAUUAUC